AUGCCAAAACAACCGGCUGAUUUCCCCCUCGCAGAGCAUCCAAGACUGACCCUCAGAGACCCGCGAGGAUGGCUGACCCCUGCGAGUCACGCGUACUCGCAGUCAGCCGGUCGCGUGGGUCACUGUGGACACGCGCCGCUGGACGUCACGCGGGACAAGUACACGACUGGAAGCGAUGCUUCCGAAGUCACCGACACGGACACCGAGCGGGGAUGCAAAGAGCAUGCAGUCAAGCAAAACCCGACCGGCCCUCAGAGACACCGGCGCGUUGCUGCAAACGCCAGGGAGAGGCGACGGAUGCACGGGCUGAACCGCGCGUUCGACAAACUACGAAGCGUCAUCCCCUCGCUGGAGAACGAAAAGAAGUUGUCCAAGUACGACACGCUCCAGAUGGCGCAGAUCUACAUAACGGAGCUUUCGGAGUUACUGGAAGGCGUUGUUCACUCUGAAUGCAGAGGCGUGAGGAACGGAUGCAGCCCAGGCGGCCAUGCACCGACGAGUCCUCACCGCAUCGUAAGGACCAGCAUCACAUACGCCGUGGAGGCGCCGUCUCCACCUCCGGCGCGCCUGCUGCGGGAAACGUUGGUGGAGAGCGGCGUCGCAGAAGGACACGUGCUUAUUCUGUCUGCACCCGCUACCGACUUUGCUCAGGCGAAGAAGGAGGUCGUUGCGUCCACCGCCAGCGAUGGGGAAUCGUCGCAUUUCAGCGACGUGGAAGAAGGUCAGCACGCAGGCCGCUGACAUACCGAGGAACUGAGAGGGGGGAAAAGC